AUGGCCGAAAAAUCCCAAGUCCUGCCCUUCCGACAAGUCGUCAUCAUCGGCGCCGGCUUCGGCGGCCUCGCAAUGGCCUGCGAGCUGAAGCGCAAGUUGAAUUUCCACGAUUUCAUCAUCUACGAGCGGAAUCCCGGGCUCGGAGGGACGUGGUACGAUAACAAUUAUCCCGGCGCAGCAGCAGAUAUCCCUGGCUCGGUAUACCAGCUUUCAUUCGCCCCAGAGCCAAACUUCACGCACGCAUUUCCCGAUCGACAGCAAUUACAUAACUACAUGCUGGAUGUCGCGCAGCGAUUCCACAUCCUGCCGCAUCUAGAGUGUAAUGUCGCCUGGGUGGGAAGCACCUGGCUGGAAGAUCGAAAAUGUUGGAUUGUUGAGCUCCAAAACACGCAGACGGGCGAACGAUACGUUCAGGAGUGCGCUGUUCUUAUCAGCGCCAUCGGUCAUAUGGUGGAUCCCAAGCGAUUCGAUGUCCCGGGGAAGGAGACAUUCCAGGGCCAGAUCAUUCAUUCGAGUAAAUGGACGAACGAGGUGGACUUGAAGGGGAAGAAUGUGGUGGUGUUGGGAAAUGGAAGUACUGCGGUGCAGAUCGUCCCUGCGAUUCUGGAUGAUGUUAAGCAAUGCACGCAAAUCCAACGAGCCCCCCAAUGGAUUCUCAACCGCCCAAACCCCUACGUCCCCGAGACCUUACGAAAAUGCCUCGCCCUCUUCCCCAUCCUCUUCAUCUUGCUGCAGCAUUGCGGAUUUGCGCUCGCAGAACUCUUCUACCCCCUCCUGGGCCGGCGGAUCCCUCGGCUGAGUAAAUCGCAUCUCCGAGCCUGCGGAGUCCCGGAGAAAUACCACACCCUUUUAACGCCAUCGUACGAACCCGGCUGCAAACGCCUCGUCUUCGCCUCCUCAUACCUCCAAGGUCUCUCGAACCCGAAACUCCAACUCCUACAGGACGAAAUCACCUCCCUGUCCUCUUCCGCCGUGGAAUUGAAAUCCGGCGUCUCGGUGCCCUGUGACGUGCUAGUUCUCGCGCACGGAUUCGAAUCCGAAACGUUUACUUUCCCGGUAAAGGGACGAAAGGGCCGCACGACAGUGAAGCAUUGGGAGGAGGCCGGAGGGCCGAGUUGCUAUAAGGGAUGCGCGAUGAAUGGGUUUCCGAAUUUCUUUAUGAUCAGGGGACCUAAUAUGGCGUCGGGACACAACUCUGUGAUCUACUACAUCGAAAUGACCGUCGCUUUGAUCCUCAAGGUCGCGUCCCCGCUGAUUCAAGGACGCGUACGGAGUGUCGAAGUCAAGUCUCAAGUCGAGAAAUCAUACGUCGAUGUUGUUCAGGAGGCGUGCAAAAAGGGCGUCUGGGGACGGGGAUGCUCGACGUAUUAUGUUGACGGGACAGGGUGGAAUCAUACGAUUUAUCCGUGGAGUGAGUUUCAGUUCCCCCCUUUUUAA